CAAGACUACAUAACUUUGGCGUGACUGUAGAAUAUGCUGUGAAGCCUUUGUUUCUCACAAAUUAUACAUAAAAAAAAUAUCAUGAUCCAUAUUAAGGAAAUGACUCCACCUGCGGACAAUGAUAAUGAUGUUGGUGGACUCCGACGUUCUACAAGAAAUAAGGCAAGAAUGAAGCCUACAAUUUUCGCUCCAACGACUGAAGGAUUUGCACCAAGGAGAAUUAAGUACAGCUCCAAAGACUAUAUUAAAGCAACUAAAAGAAAGGUGACGCAUGUGGACUCCUAUAUUGAAAACAGCGAUGCCGGCCUACCUAAAGGUCUGUCAUCUUAUGAACUUGAACGAUUAGAAAACAUUCGACAAAACCAAGCUUUUCUGUCUACCAUCAAACUGUUUGAGGCAAGAGAGGAACUGAAUCAGACAGCCUCACCAAAACCCUCACAGAGAGGUCGCAAGAGCAAUUCAAAGAGCUCUGUGAGAGAAGUUCUGCCUCCUCGCAAAUCCCUGCGCCUACAGAACAAAGAUGCUGAGUCACUCCUGUUGCCCCCAAAAAGGCAUGCAAUGACGUCCAGUUAUAAAAAGUCUUCACCAACUCAGAAACCAGAGGGUCCUAUCCUAAUGGUCCCACUUACCCAAGAGGACUGGAGCCCACUACCCCCAGAGCUGAUAAAGCUGUGGACUGAGGUCUCGGUAACAGAAGAAAAGCAGGCGUUGGAUCUGAAAGAGUACAGUAAUGCUCUGAAACGCUUGCGGACGGACAAGACACGAGUGGUGAAGGUGGUAAAGGAUCGGAUUUUCUCUGCAGCCUUCCACCCUUGCACCAGCCGCCUGCUCUUGGCUGCAGGAGAUAAGUCGGGUCAUCUGGGACUGUGGAGUCCUGACUGUGACUGGGGAGGUGACGGCGUGCUCCUGUUUGAGCCCCACCUGCAUCCGGUCAGCUGCAUGGCCUUUUCCGCCUCGUCCGACCUGCUGAGUCUCAGCUAUGACGGCACACUGCGCAGCACCGACGUAGAGAAGGCGGUUUUUGAUGACGUGUAUCGCGUCAGAAAAGGAUUACAUACCUUCGACUUUCUGUCUCGUGACUGUUCCACGCUAGUCGUUGGUGAAUGGAAUGGGGAUGUCGCAAUUGUUGACAGGCGGACACCUGGAACUUCUUACGAAUCCCUCCAUACGCUGGAUUCUAAGACGAUUCGCUGUGUCAGUGUCCAUCCUCUUCACAAACAGUACUUUGUGGUAGCUGAGAACUGGGUCGUGAGCAUCUACGAUGCCCGCUUUUUGAAAACCGACUUGAUCCAGGCGGUCUCUCAGCUGCACGGUCACCCACUGAGCAUCUCCAGUGCAUACUUCUCCCCUAACACUGGGAACAGAGUUCUCACCUGCAGCUUCGACAACAAAAUCAGGGUGUAUGACACUUCGAGUAUAACCUCCAAUGCUCCACUUCUGACCUCGAUCAAACAUGACAUGCAAUCAGCGUGCUGGCUGAGCAAGGCAUCCUGGGACCCUAAGCAGGAGGACUGCUUUCUCGUGGGAAGCAUGGAAAAACCGUUUAAGGUGCAGGUUUUCCACGAGACCGGCCAACUCCAGCACUCUUUAAGGGACAAGGAGAACUUGACCACCAUGCAGUCUGUCACAAUGUUCCACCCCAGUAGGAAUGCUGUUCUUGGGGGCAACUCUUCUGGACGCCUUCAUCUCUUCACUGACUGAGAGAACCAGAGCCGCUGUUCUGGACCCAAAAACACGAAAGUGUUUGUUGAACUUAUUGUUCGCUGAAUUUGUUUGCA